GCUUUGUCUUCGUUGGGACAUGGCAGCGACGACGACGUACACCUGGCUCGGUGCGCUCAAGGCCGCGAUCGAUGGGAACCCGGCUGCGGUGACGAGGAAGCGCAUGUGCGGCUACGAGUUCCGUCCCGGCGACAUGGCCUGGAACUGCCGCCAGUGCCAGAAGGAUGACACGUGUGUCAUGUGCCACAAGUGCUUCACCGCGUCGCAUGCGCAUCUCACGCACGACGUCAUGUUCUACUACGCCCAGAACGGCAACGGCUGCUGCGACUGCGGCGACGAGGAGGCGUGGAGCCCACACGGCUUUUGCCCCGACCACAAUACGGCCGAGAUUGGGAACGCGCCGCCGCCCGAUAUCCUCGCGUCCGUGCCAAGCCAUCUUCUCGCACAGGCACGGGCCGACGUGGCGAGCGACAUCAAGCUCUUCCACGCGUUCGCUAAGACGCGCCGUGCAGGCUUUCGGCGCAAGCUGCCCGAGGACGGACCAGACACGCUCUACGACUUGUAUGUGCACGUGCCCGACUUGAACCACCAGGGCAGCGCAAGCCUCGCGUCGACGCUGCCCGAGUCGGUCACACUCAUCCAGCGCAACCUCUCGGCGUCCGAGGUGCUGCUGUGGCAGAGCAAGCUCGCAAAGAAGCAGCCCGCGAACCUCUGUUCGAUCUUUCACAGCCACGACGUGCACGCCAACCUCAACGUCGUCGCGCUCUGCAAUCGCCUCUCCAAGUGCGCGCUUUCGUGCGACGUGGGCUGCCGCCUCGUGGCCGAGCAGAUGCUCUUGCCCGAGAGCUUCCUCGUCGAUGUGAUUGUCGCCGACUGCCUCUUUCCACGGCAUGACAACGAAGCGCUGCACUCGCUCAUCAUGGCGCUGAUUCCGGACCCGGACUUCAAGCAGCAGUUUGCGAUUGCUUUUGCCACGUCGUACCCGCAGCUCUUUCAAGACUUUCUGCUCGGCCUCGGCCUCGCCGGCCAUGGCAUCCUCGGCUUUGGCGUGCAGUUUCUCAACCGCGCGAGCUUUGUGCAUCUGCUCAUGCACUCGUUUGGCUUUUUCAACACGCUCCUGCGCACGCUACACGAGACGCUCGCGUCGUUUGCAGCGCCCGCCAUCGACUCCGCCAUCCCGUGCGAUGUCUUGCCGCUGCUGCAGCCGCCCGGUCGGCUCUGGGACUCGAUCGCGACGUACCUCUCGCUCUCGUCGGCGCCGACCUUGCCUGACGUGGCCGUCUUGCAGUCGCUCGUGCCGUACCAUCGGCACGCGCCCACCGAAGCCUUUGUCGACUGGUUUCGCCACGCGGCGUUGCCGCUGCCAGGCCGGUUGGGACUGCAGUUGGACGCGACCGGCUUCACCUCGCACCGCUACACGCAGGUACUGCUCGACCUCAAGUACACGCUGCAGAUUGCGCAUCCGACGCUGCUGUCGUCGUUUCCAAACGAACUCCGGCUCCUCUUCCACACGCUGAGUCUCUCGCAGGGCCUCGGCGCCGACGCCCGUCUCCAAGGGAACGAGCCGCACGUCGCGUACGAAGGGCGGCAUUGGAUCGUCGCGAUCGAGCUCUCGUCGAUGCUCAACGAGCUCGUCGCCGCCGUGUACGCCAACGUCGUGCAGCACCACGUGCAGCCGUCGGAGGCCGUCCCGCGCCUCGUCUCGGCGUGGCACGAUGCGUUUUGUCUCUGGCUCGCGACGACCAACCAAUAUUUUGCUCCAGCGACACGCGACGAUGGCAGCUAUACGCUGCCGCGCUACGGCGCCGCGUGCGUGCGCGUCUCGGCCCACUACCCACUGCACCGGUCGCUCUGCCUCUUGUACCGGUCGCUGCUUGGCAACCAGCGGCUGUGCCACGCGUUUCGAGACGCUCUGCAGACGUCCCUGGACGCGAAUCAUUGGCACGUGCACAUGCUCGUGCUGCCGCUGCUCGAAGGUCUCGUCUGGGACGCCCAAGUGCACGCAGGGCUCUGGAAGCGCAACGGCUGGAGCGUCAUGAACCACAGUAUGAACUAUGGCGAGCCGUACUACUGCAUGAAGUUUCGCAACGUCGAUCUGCUCGGGCUCCAACUCCUCGCCGACGUGGUGGGCAUCGAGACCUUUGUACCGCUCUUGCUCGACCGGUACGACGCGGCGCACCUCGACUGCGCGAGCUCGAGCGUCCGCGAAGCCAUGCUGGCCGAGUGCCUUGUGCUCUUUUGCCAGCUCGCCACCGAAGUGCCCGUGCUCGACAGCAGUCGCCACCCGUUGUUCCCGGCGCUGCGGCACCUCGUGCUCUUGCGACUCUGCGUCAAGCCGUCGAGCCACAGCGAACUCUUCAAGAGCGUCAACGAGCUUUGUGCCACGUACGACGUGCUCUGUGCAUCCAACCCCGUCUCGAUCGACGCGCUGCUUAAAGACAUUGCGGCGGAGAUUUGUCUCCCGGACCAAAAGGUGUACACGCUCAAGCCGGAAAUGUACGAAGAGUACAACGCAACGUCGGUGCACUUGACGCGCAAGCAGCACGAAGUCGCGCGCGUCAACCGCGCGCAGGCCCGCGCGACGCGGUUCCGGACCCGUGCUGCGACGCCGCUGGCUGCAGCACCGGCCCCGCUGCACGUCGCGCACCGCAGCUGUCUCUUGACCAACAUGUGCUUCUUCCUCGUCCUGCACCCGUCGCUGUGCAGUAUCGUUGCAGAUGUCCUGCGGCAGCUCGAGACCAUCGGCAGCUCGAGUCUCGUGCUCGCCACCGUCCAUUUGCUCACGCUGCAGAUGUACGCGCUGCAACAGUCGCCCCGCGAUGUGCAAGACACGUACUUGCGCGUCAUCGAUAAACUCGCCUUGCUACACACGCUGCGCAACCUGACGUCGACCAACGACGAGCUCAACCGGCAUGUCCGCUGGAUCGUGCAGGCGCUGGAAGCGUUUCCGGGUCUGCGCCCGGCGCCCUUGACGCCAGCGCCGGCCACGCCGCCUGAGAGUACGAUGCCCGACCGCCACGCGCGGCAGACGUCGGCGCAGCAGCGAGCCCUCGAGAAGAUCCAGCAGCAGCAAGCGGCGUUCUCCAAGCUCUUGAUGGACGACGACGCUAUGGGCAUGGACGACGAUCCUGACGACGACGACGAGUGCGCCAUGUGCCACGAGACGUCGACGCCGCUGAGCAGCAUUGGAUUCGUGCAAGUGUCGGGCGUCAACGUGGUCGUGCCACCGCGCUUCAAGACGCCGUGGGAAGACAUGAAGCGCGAUGUGACGCCGCUCACGAUCAGCUGCUGCGGCCACGUCGUGCAUCUGAGCUGCUGGCAGGCCUACUACGCGACGCAGUUUCAAAAGGUGAUUACGGGCGAAGCGUACUUGAACGCUGUUGACGUCAAGAAGGGCGAGUUCCUCUGCCCCGUGUGCAAGUCGAUUGCGAAUGUCCUCGUGCCGCUGCAGCCACCGACGGCAUCACCGAGCAUCGCGCUGCCGCCGACGACCGACUGGGCCGCGUGGCUCACGACAACAACAACAACGCUCGGACAUACUACUGCAACGGCGCCCGAGUCGGACGUGCUCGGGCUCAUGUGCAUGAGCAUCCACCGCGUCGCCACAGGAUCUGUCGAAAAGUCACGGCCAGAUCGGUACCUCGCGUCGGCCUGCCACGCGAUCGCGUCAACGCUGUGGCACACACGGCCCGCACCGGUCGUGUUACUGCAGGCGGCGCAGUCGCUGCGGGCCGUGGCGCCGGCUGCGGACGCCUACGACUCGGCACGCGCGCUCUUGAUGGCUGGGAGUGAGCUCGACGGCGUCGAGACGACCGAGACGCAGACACCGACGCAGAUUCAAAAAACGUGGAAGGGCGUCGUGGGCGCCAAGCCGCUGCUACUGCAAGACUUGUCGGCGGUGCUGGCGCGCGGCGUUCUCUUGGCGCCGACGCCGAUCGACCAAGUGCGGAUGGUGCAACUCGUCUCCGUGGCCUACGCCGUGCAGACGUUUCUGUGGCUUGUGGACGAGACGACGGCUGCCGUCGCUAGCGAUGGCGACGCUCGUGUGGACGACGCUGCCUUCGUCUCGCAUUGGUUUGCAAGUGCGCGAGAUGUAGCGCAAGUGGCGUCCGUCGUCACGCAGCUGUGUGCGCUGCCGUCCGACGCCACGUUCUCGGCGGUCGCGCUGGCGUGGGCGGCCGAAGACAUCACUCGGUUUCACCGCGUCGCUACCGACUUGGUGCCGGGCCUCGCCGCCAUUCCGGUGCUGCCGCUGGACGCGCUCCCGCCUCCCGUCGCGUCGCUCGUGCCCAAGUGGAUUGCCGCCGUGCACGCCACGUACACGACCAUGGACGACCCGAACAACGUGCUCUCGCAAUGGCAGCACAAGCACGCGUCGUAUGUCGCCGACUGGGCCAGCGUGUGGCAGCAGGACCUCGCGGCCGCCCACGUGCCGCUCUCGAGCGCCUACUGGCGCCACAUGCGGUCGUCGUUUCUCACGUCCUUGCCGCACUCGUACAGCGAACUGUACAUGCACUUGACGAAGCAAACGUGCCCGAGCUGCCACCUCUUUCCGGCGCGCCCGGCGCUCUGCCUCAUGUGCGGGCUCGUCCUCUGCGCCGCGUCGACGUGCCGCGAGGCGACGGUCGCGUCCAUGGCGUCUGUCUCGGGCGCGUGUACGCUGCACGCGCACAAGUGCGGGCGCGGCCUCGGGCUCUUCCUCCUGACCGUCGAAGGCACGGUGCUCCUGGUGAGCGGCAAGCUCGCCGCCUACGACUCGAAUGGGCUCUACGUCGAUGAGUACGGCGAGGGGUUUGGGGAGAGAACGUCGCGGUUCCAGUUUCGUGGACGACCGUUGUUUUUGGACGUGAGCAUGCGCGACCGGCUGCUGCGACUGUGGGAGACGCAGUCGAUCCACAUGGAGAUUGUCCACAACCAAAACACCGUCGAGCGCAUCGUUAUCAACAGCUUUUAUUAACACUAUUUUAACAAGUACAUG